AUGGCGAAAGCCACGAGAGUAGCCUUUGCCGAGCGGUCUCUUUUGCAGGACCACAACCGGUUCUUGUCGAAGAUCAACGGCGAGGCCAAAGCACGGCGAUCGACCAAGUCGCUGGUGCUGAGCAAGGCGAUGGUGAUGACCUACGAACAGCUGGAGGAGUCACGAGCGAAGCGUGCUGCGGACGCUGAAGCCGCUGCAAAUAAAGCAAGGCGCAGGCGCAAACACAAGGGUUCUGCGCUAAAGGGAGGUGCGCAGAACGGCCAUGGGUCAGAAGUCUGGAAGGCGCCAGUAGCGCGGAUGGUCGCAGCGGACUGGUCUUGA